GGCGGUUGCGGAAACAAGAGCCAGGAUCUAUCGCUGCCUCCCCUCAUCUACCUCACUAGCCAUUGCUGCCGUCCGCCCCCUCCUGUCUCUGGAAGGUUUUGUAUAAACUGUUUACAAACCAUGACUCUCCAUGUUCCAUACGUAAGCUGAUAAAGCAUCUAUGCACUUUAUUCUCAUACCUCUGCCAGUUUGCUAGUAUAAGUGUGAGCCCGUGUCUUGAAUUUUUGGAUACAAAGACUUACUAGCCACAGUCUCAUUCUUGCCUUAGUAAUGUUCCAGAGGCUGAAUAAUAUGUUUGUGGGAGAGAUCAAUAACUUGUCCAGCCAAGAGCCAGAGUUCAGUGAAAAAGAAGAUGAUGAAUGGAUUCUGGUUGACUUUAUAGACACUUGCACUAACUUUUCAACAGAAGAAGCAGACAUCAGUGAAACAUCAGCUGUUGACCACUCCCCAGUCUUUUCUUGUUUACCGACUUCCUUAGAGUGUUUGGCUGAUGCCAGCGAGUCUUGCUUCAUCCAGUUUGACUCAUGUCCCAUGGAGGAGAGCUGGUUUAUUACCCCUCCCCCAUGUUUUACUGCAGGUGGAUUAACCACUAUCAAGGUGGAAACCAGUCCUAUGGAGAACCUUCUAAUUGAACAUCCCAGCAUGUCUGUAUAUGCUGUCCAUAAUACCUGUCACAGUCUAAAUGAGACUAGCUGUGGAGAUGAGGAGUUUCAUAAUCCAAGUAGUCCAAGAAUGGAAGCACGAAAUGAAAUGGGGCAGCAUAUUCAUUGCUAUGUUGCCACCCUCGCUGCUCACUCAAGUUUUCUGGAACAAACCAAGAGUUUUCGUCCGACCCAGUUGGUAAAAGAACAUAAUGAAAGACACCAUCUCAACAGAAACAGUCUCCGUCGCCAAAAUCUUACCAGGGAUUGUCACUCUCGGCAAAUCAAGCACAAUGGAUUGUUUGUUCACCAGCCUUGCCAGCGUCAGUAUAAUUACUGAAGGCUUUUGAGGUUUUAAUCCUAUCGGUUAAUUGUUCUUAGCGUGCUUUUGUUUUAAUGUAUAGAUAAUGAAGGUGUGAUCAAUCUGAA